GGUGACAUCAUCUUGGAAAAAUGUGUGUGCGCGAGUGUCUGCGAAACAACGGUAUCAGACAGCGCGUGUGACCGGGAACGACAACCGAGAGAGAGAGAGAGAGAGAGAGAGAGAGAGAGAGAGAGAGAGAGAGAGUAAAGAAAAGGCGUUUCCAUCAACGAACCGGCAAAACUGUGUAUCCAGACAACCGGACGGACGGAUAGAACUUGCCUGGAACAAAAACAAAGCACUUAUCCACACUAGCCAGUAGAAUUUCGCCAUAACAAUUGCUUUUGUAAUCGCUUUUAUAUGUUUAUAAAAUAAAAUCCAUCACUAGACGGCGUCCCAGAGCUGACAACAUCCUAAACCAACUAGCCUACAUUCUGGAUAGAGGAGCUGACUGAAGAAGCCGAUUUUGCAGCGAGAUUGUCCGUCAAUCGAAUACAAAAUCACAUUUUGAUAACUGGUAGAGAAGUGAACACUAUCUCACCCACAGAACAGGGCAUCUCUCUUCGCGGACUCAUAGCCUACACAAAGCCCGGGACCAUGUCGGAGUACAGUUCUUUGCUCAGUGACCUGUCUGAGAACAUCACCAACGAGGACUUGGACCAACUCAAGUCAGCCUGCAAGGAGGACAUCACAGAAGACCAGAGCAACACAAUCACCUCCUCCAAGGAGUGGUUCAACUACCUGGAGAAAAACGAAAAGCUGGCACAGGAUAACCUGUCGUACAUCGAGCACAUCUUUGAGAUAUCACGACGACCAGACCUGCUGACCCGGGUCAUUGAGUAUCGCACCACCGUACUCAAGAUCUCUGAGGACGACGAGAUCGACACCAAGCUCACACGCAUCCCCUCCGCCAAGAAAUACAAAGAUAUCAUUCGCCAACCCUCUGAAGACGAGAUCAUCAAGUUGGCUCCUCCCCCUAAAAAAGUGUGAGGUCAUCACCCCUGACCUUUGCACUUUGACCUCUGGCACUCCAACCAUCUCGACCCCCCCCCCCCCUUCGCC